UUUGCAGAGCAGAGCAUGACUUGCAGCCUGAGUAAUCGCUGGCUCGUCAGACCUUCGAUUUCAGUGUCUGCUGGUCAUCGGUCGAGGCAGCACGCUUUUCGCACUCUCCCGCACGCCGCCUGAAGCCGCAAUGCUGUCUCUCCUCCUCGCGCUGCUCGUAGGCUCUGUGGCCGGCCUGGAGGUGAAGCCCUUGGCCAUCGUGGGCAAUCGACGGUACAUCUCCUACGGCACCGGUCCUUCCGAGAAGAACAGCGUCCUCCUGUGCGCCUACACGCUUGGCGAGGGCCAGGCGGUGUCUAGGGUCCUAUGGGAGAUUCUGAAGGAGGAAGGCUCGGCCGGAACCUUCGAGUGGAAGCCCAACGCCCCUGCGACUGCCACUGGUCUCCUGAAGGACAAGGUGAACCUCGAACGCGAUGACAGUGACCUGGAACUGACUACGCUGACCUAUGAGCUGAGCGCCAACUACAGCUGCACCGUCACUGCCGACGAUGGCAGGAAAGCGAGUGCCAAGGAUGAAAUACUUAUCAUAGACACCACCAGCAACAACAUCUACGAGUCAUUCUUCCCGUCGGAGGCGACAUGCAGCAUCAACACCUCCGUCAGCUACUUCCCCGUGUUCCCGGAGCCGACCGUCAUCGCCGGCCUGUACUCGGAGAGCCUCGGCAAGUACUUCGGGGAGGUCGACGCCUGGGUCGCCGCCCGCCAUCCCAACGGCUCCGUGGCUUACUCUUACAGCAAUUAUGUUAUUAAGGUAGACCAGAGCACCCCGGAUGAUGCCAACUUCCGCUGCGAACUGGGCGUCAGGAAGGCCAAUGGGACGGUGAUAAGCCAGUCUGUGAUGACCUCCCAUAUCUACUUCAAGCACAGCUGUAAGGUCCUCCCUGUUGGAGAAAACCAGACAGUGAUAUACAACACCGACGACAGAACCUGUUAUGGAGAGCCAUACAAGCCAGGAACAGUAAAGGCGACGGUGAAGUGCGCGGAGGGCUUCGUCAGCAGCGGGAACGUGACUUUCGUGACGCUGGUGUGCCACUCAGUCAACGCCACGACUCAUCGCUGGAUCCCCGGGAACGAGGGCCUUCUGCCGGAGGACCUUGUCUGCGAUGCCUACAUUCCGGAAGUGACGACGCCAGCCGACGGGGCAGCCAUGAGGGUCGCCAGCUGCUACGCCUUGCUGACGGCGACGCUGCUGCUCUGCUUCCUCAGCCGCUGAUGGUGGCAGCCGUGGGCGGAGGUGACCGGGUGUUAGUCAUUCCAUCGGCCAAGACGACUCGUGGAGCCUCAAGACUUCGAGGAUUCGUGUGAUGAUUAACGUGAUUCCCUGCGCUGAAUUAAGGUUCAUUUCAGGGCUUUGAUUAAAGGUAAUCGAAGG